AUGGCGACGCAAAGGAGGCUUUUCUCGACGUUUCGAUGUCUUCGGCAUGAGAAUCCGCUGGGCCUUCCGCGCUCCGGCACCCCGCCCUCGUUUCCCCGUCGCCGCGGCCUCCCCGAGAAGCGCAAGAUCCGCGAUGUGAAGAAGGUCAUUGCAGUGUCGUCUGCCAAGGGCGGAGUUGGAAAAUCUACUAUCGCUGUCAACCUCGCCCUCGCCUUCGCCCGCCGCGGCAUCCGCACCGGAAUCCUCGACACAGAUAUCUUCGGUCCCUCGAUACCAACGCUAUUGAAUCUCUCGGGGGAGCCAAGGUUGGAUGAACACGACCGCCUCCUCCCCCUAACAAACUACGGCCUAAAGUCCAUGUCAAUGGGCUAUCUCCUCCCUCCGCCCCCCGAACCCACAUCUCCCACACCAGACAUCAACCGACAACCCAUGGACACAACACCCAUCUCCUGGCGCGGCCUCAUGGUCACCAAAGCGAUGCAGCAACUUUUGCACUCCGUCUCCUGGGGCCCUCUCGACGUUCUCUUCCUCGAUCUUCCGCCCGGAACCGGCGACGUACAGCUAACAAUCGGGCAAGAGAUCAUCCUCGACGGCGCGGUGAUCGUCACAACGCCGCAAGACAUUGCGCUUCGCGAUGCAGUCCGGGGCUUCGGGAUGUUCCAGCGCAUGGAUGUUCCGGUGCUCGGCAUGGUGCGCAACAUGGCUUUCUUCGCGUGCCCGGAGUGUGGGACGAAAACAAAGAUCUUCUCCGCUGGUUUGCACAAUCAUAACCAUGAACACGGCGAUGCGGAUUGGGGCGUGGUUGCCGAGUGUAAGCGGCUUGGGGUUGAGUUUCUAGGUGAUAUCCCGCUUGAUGCGAGGGUUUGCGAGGAUGCGGAUCGGGGAAUGCCGACUGUUGUUUCGGAGGAGGGGGAUCGGAGUGUCCGGCGCGAGGCGUUUAUGGGUGUUGCGGAGAAGGUUGCUAGAAAGGCUGGGGUUGAGUGGUAA